CUUUCUAGACGCUUGUUUUUCACCAAGCGUUUGGAAGAGUUUUUUGGAAUAUCUGAAAUUUUACGGAAUGGAAUUACACAAUUUUAGAUGCUGUGACACCAAUUUUGAGAAAAACAAUAUAAAUAAUGAUGAUGGCAUAUCAACUUCGUCAUCACAAGAUCAGGUUGAUGUUGAAGAGUCAGUGAAGAAGCUUUUUACAAACUUUAAACAUAGACUAGAAGUUGAUACUGAGUGUAUUCUGCCAGUAUUACAUAGAGACGAACAUGUUGCAUUUCUACGUAAAGGUCUGAGUAAUCUGUCAUCAUCAUAUGAGUGUUUAGAUGCUAGUAGACCAUGGUUAUGUUACUGGAUUCUACAUGCCCUGGAACUGCUGGAUGAACCACUGAAUGAUGAGACAAUAUCUCAGGUAGCCCAGUUUCUAGGAAAAUGUCAGUGUCCAGACGGAGGAUUCGCAGGUGGACCAGGACAACAGGCACAUUUAGCACCCACAUAUGCUGCUGUCAAUGCUUUAUGUAUACUAGGUACAGAGGAAUCAUUUAAAGUAAUUGAUAGAGAAACUUUAUAUGACUUUUUAAUGAGAAUGAGAACAGCACACGGGUCAUUCAAGAUGCAUCUAGGAGGUGAGGAGGAUAUCAGAGGAGCAUACUGUGCAGCUAGUGUAGCCAGACUGACCAAUAUAAUUACACCACAAUUAUUUGAUGGCACACCAGAGUGGAUAGUCAGAUGUCAGACGUAUGAAGGAGGUUUUGCUGGAUGUCCUGGUAUGGAGGCUCAUGGUGGUUAUUCAUUCUGUGGUAUAGCAGCUUUAACACUACUCAACAAAACGAACCUUUGUGAUAUCAAAAAUUUACUGCGUUGGACUGUGAAUCGUCAGAUGCGCUAUGAAGGAGGUUUUCAAGGGCGGACCAAUAAAUUAGUCGAUGGUUGUUAUUCUUUCUGGCAGGGCGGAGCCUUUCCUCUUAUACAUAUGGUCCUGUCCAUGCAAGAUGAUUCAGCCUUAAGUGCUGAGCAUUGGUUGUUUAAUCAGAAAGCAUUACAAGAAUACAUCUUAGUGUGUUGCCAAUAUCCUGGUGGCGGACUUAUAGACAAACCUGGAAGGAUGAGAGAUUACUACCAUACCUCGUAUUGUUUAAGUGGUCUUUCUGUGGCUCAGCACUUUGCAGGAGGAAAACUCAGCCAUGUUUAUAACAUAGGACAUGAAAAUAAUAUCUUGAGAACAACCCAUCCGGUGUACAAUGUGUGUGUAGAGAAGAUAGUUCAUGCAGAUUUAUACUUCCGACAACUUACACACCCCAAACAUACUGAAAACUGCACUGAUAAAUAAGCUACCCAAUCAAAACAAACUGAAACUAUUAAAAUGGAAAUUUAUUCAAAAGUUUUACCCUUCUUGUUGUUAAGUAUUCAAAAUCAUUACAAAAGUAUGCACUUUCUUUAUGUUUAAUUUAUACAAAUUUUAUAGAUAAACAUAAUAUGCUACAUGUAGAAAUAACACAUUGAUUUGUCUAUUAAUUUGUUGUUAUUUAAAAAAAACAAAAAACAUUUUGACUGGAGUAAUUUUAUUGUAAUCUGCCCAUGAUAUUUAGAUAAGACUUUAAUUACACCUAUACAUUAAAUGUUAGAUGACAUUACAGCACAAAAGUUUUUAUUCAGUCAUACUUGCAUCAUUGAAAUUGUUUUAUUUAUGCAUGUUUGUCAAUUUUAGUGUAGACUUUUCAGGGGAAAAGUGUACUAUUCUGAUAGAAUUUACUAAAAUUAAAGCAUGAGCAAUUACUCUAUCAUAGCGUUGUAUAAGUUUACAUAUUGUCAGAGCAAUAAACCAAUGAUUAGCUUUUGCUGUUAUACUUCACUUACACAAUUAACAUAGCAAUAUUGUAAGUUGUUUUUUUAUUAAUUUCGCUUCAAGUCAGUAAAUAUUCCUUUUCUCUCAUAUUUGCAUUAUAAUGAGAAAAAUAUAUAUCACCUUGCAGAAUGUUGGUGGUUCAACCCAGAAAUAUGCUUGUACCAUGAGGGUUAGGCGACUAUUAUUUAUAGUAGUCUUACUGUACUGCUUUCCCUUUAAAAAAAUUCUAACAUCAGCCAUUAUCGUAUUAAAUCUGUUGUUUCAGGAAUGUUAUUUUUCACAAUCUUUGUUAUUCAAUAAUUUUUUACUGUUUAUAAAGGGAAUUUAGUACAUAGUGAUAAAGGAUGAGUGAUUGUAAAUAAUCUAAUGCCCAAGAUUAUGAAAAAAUAACGUUCGGAAAUAACCCAUUUGCCACGAUAUUGGCCAAUGUUAGAAUUUUUCGGCGAGAAAGCAUUACAUUAAGACUACCUUCAGUUGAAGCUGGAAAACUGCCAUAUCACCACAAUCAACUAACAAAACAUAUUGUAGGGAAUUACUGCAUAUUUAUAUUAACUUGAAAUGUCUUUAUAAGCCAAUUUACAGUUCAUUAAGUAGCAUUUUUAGUCUUGAAAUUAUUUUUAUUAAAUAAAUUUAGAUUAGAAUUCUGGUUGUCACAUCACAUGCAGUGGUUUUCACUAUAAUGCCACAAGAGAGCUCAGUACAAGAUGUUUCAUUCACUGACAUUGACAUAUUUUAUAACUGGAUUGUAAUUUCACAAGGAUGAUCUACUUGUGCUUUACUGUUUUCAUUUAUUUAACAAAUAGAAAUACAUAAUUACUGUUCUUAACAUUUCCAGUAAAAAAAAAAUUAGAAUGGAGAAUAUUAUUAAAUGAACAAAGAAGUGAUAAUUUACAUAAUCAUACACACAAGAUUCAUAAUAUAAUUAUUUAUCAUUUCCUUGUUUCAAUGAGGAUAAAACUUGCUUGUUUCAACUUACAUUUUUGUAUCAGGCAAUAUUGCAAACUUUUAUGGUUCGAAGUCAUCAUUUGGAACACUGGAGUCUUGUGUACUUAUAUCUUUAUGAUGUAUCUUUCUCACUCAUAAAAUUAUUUUAUAAUAAAAUGAAUUACAGUUAUACAUGAUGUAUUCAAAUGAUAUUUCCAGUAUAAUUGUCAUAGUUAUCAUAUAGUUGAACGUUCCAGUAUUUGAUGUUCAUAAGAACAAGUUUAACUAUAAAUUGUCACUACAUUAUCUAUAAAAGCUGCCAAUCAUUAAUAUUGGCUUAUUGUUGUGUUGUUUCAAACUUUGUACACAAUCAUGUGUGUAAUUUGUAAUUGUAAAUAAUUAUCUGUACUUUAAAUGUUGUAUAACUCUAUUGUGGUCAACACACUAACUUGAUCCCUAGCAAGUGCUUCAUUUUGUUAUCAAACAUUACUGUGAAAUCAUUGUAUUAAAAUUAUCUACAUUUA